AUGCCCGCGCACACCAGCACGACCCAGCCCUGCGCUACAAACGUUGCUCUUGAUGCUACAGCUCCAGCUUGCCUGCUAGCCAGCUCCUGCUCAGGAUGCUGUCGCUUGCUCCUGAACUCUAUUCCUGUCCCUGAUGCUGCCACUGCUACUGCAACUAACCCACGUAGCACAACUCCAGCAACAACCCCACCGGCACCCCCGACUCGACUGAGUCAAGAAGAAUUGGCAAAUAAACAUUGGCACUACAUAGUGCGUUAUUGUAAAUUGAAGAAGCACUCGUAUGUGGAUGAGACAUUUCCACCAGCUGCCAGCAGUCUAUAUUACAACCCUGCAGAAAUCAAAGAUUCACAUAUUGUCAAAUGGAAGAGGGUAAAGGAAGUGGUCGUCGACGAAGCUGAUAAGAACUUGUCUUGGGCUGUAUUUAGACGGCCUCUCCCAUCAGAUAUUUCUCAGGGUGUCUUGGGUAACUGCUGGCUUCUUAGUGCGCUUGCUGUUUUAGCUGAAAGGGAAGAUUUAGUAAGAGCAGUGUUAGUUACAAGACAAAUAUGCCCACAGGGUGUAUAUCAAGUGCGGCUUUGUAAAGACGGUCAUUGGACUACCGUCUUGGUAGAUGAUUUGUUUCCAUGUGAUAAAAAAAAUCAUUUGUAUUAUUCCCAGGCUAAACGGAAACAACUAUGGGUGCCUCUAAUCGAAAAAGCGGUUGCUAAAAUACACGGUUGCUAUGAAGCUUUAGUUUCCGGUAGAGCUAUUGAAGGCUUAGCAACAUUAACAGGAGCACCAUGCGAAAGUAUCCCUCUUCAACCGUCAUCUGUACCAACUCCAGCUGAAGAUGAACUUGAUACUGAUCUUAUUUGGGCACAGUUGUUAUCAUCAAGACAAGCUAUGUUUUUAAUGGGGGCUUCCUGUGGUGGAGGUAACAUGAAAGUAGAUGAAGUCGAAUAUCAGAGAAGAGGUUUGAGACCUCGACAUGCUUACUCACUUUUAGACGUUAGGGAUGUUGAGGAAUAUCGCUUGCUGCAAUUAAGAAAUCCUUGGGGUCAUUAUGUUUGGACAGGGGACUGGUCAGAUAAUUCAGAUUUAUGGACUGCUCAAUUACGUCAUCAGUUAAUGCCCAACGGUCCACAAGACGGUACAUUUUGGAUUUCUUUUGCAGAUGUUUUAAAAUAUUUUGACUGCAUCGAUAUUUGUAAAGCAAGAAAUUGCUGGAACGAAGUUAGGCUCAAUGGCAUCUUACCGCCCUUUGCAUCACAGCAACAUCUUUCGUGCAUCUUAUUAACCGUUGUUGAGCCUACAGAAGUCGAUCUCACUCUUUUUCAGGAAGGUCAAAGAAAAUCUGAGAAAUCUCUUAGAUCUCAAUUGGAUCUGUGUAUAGUUGUAUUCAAGGCUCGGAGUCAAAAUCAGAUUGGUGGUUUAGUAGAACAUAGCAAAAGACAAGUUCGGGGAUUUGUCAGUUGUAACAAAAUGUUAGAGCCUGGUGAAUAUAUUUUGGUUCCCUUAGCUUUCAACCAUUGGCACACAGGACUCAUUGACGCUCAAGCAUAUCCAAGGUAUGUCCUUGCGAUACAUAGUUCGAAAAAAGUUUGUGCUCAACAACAAACCCCCCCUCCACAUAACCUUGCGGACGCUAUAAUAUCCCUCACGUUAGCUCGAGGACAAAGACAUGAGGGCAGAGAGGGUAUGACCGCUUAUUAUUUAACCAAAGGAUGGGCAGGACUUGUCGUGAUGGUGGAAAAUCGUCAUGAAAACAAAUGGAUUCAUGUCAAAUGCGACUGCCAAGAAAGUUACAACGUUGUCUCAACGCGUGGUACCUUAAAAACCGUAGAUUCUGUGCCACCUCUUCAUCGACAAGUUAUUAUCGUGCUUACACAGCUGGAAGGAAGCGGUGGCUUUUCAAUAGCCCACAGACUCACUCAUAGACUAGCCAAUUCGCCAGGGUUAUAUGAUUGGGGCGCUCCAGGAACGUCACAUGAUCCAGAUUUGGACUACCAGACCAUAGGACUUCACAGUCCUCGUUUAAUUACGUAAAAAGCAAGAAGAGGCCUAUAAUUCAAAAUAAUUAAGCCAUAUUGUCUUCUUUGUUAACGUAUUUUGGAGAUCUGAUGGGGAUAAUUGCUUUAUGGUGAGUUUUUAGAACAUUAAUCAUUCAGCUAUAUUUUUAUUGGGAUAGAAGUACAUAAGAUACAAUUUGGUACUCGGUAUAAAACAAUUAAUUAUUUUCCAAAUUUUGGAGCUCUUUUAGGUUACUAAAAAAAUUUACUAGCAAAAGUUGUGCUUUAAUUUUUCAAGUCUGUAUACGUAUGUAGGAAUAAAGUUUAAAUUUAAUUUAAUUUUAAUAAAUAUCGGUAGUUUAUUUUCAGAAGGACAUUUUUGUUUAAAAAAUAAUUCUGUCAACAAUAAUUAAGGGAUUUAUUUUCGAUAAAUUUCAAUACAAUAAUUGAAUAAGAAAUUAUAAUUUAAUUUGUUCAAAGUUUUGCUCACUUAUAUGAUAUUUAAGUAUGUUUAAAAGUAUAUUCAAUAAACUUGUUUGGGAUUUAAUAUGUUAUUAACCAAAUAUACGAAAUAAUAAGGGGUUCAUAGUAAUUGGUUGUAUUGUGAUAUUAUUAUUAUUAUUAUUAGAAACAAUUAUCUCUUGUUCUUAUAGCAAUAUCUAUACACAAGACUUCUUAGCAUAAAUUCUCAACUUUUUAAAAUUUACACAUACUACACAUUCUCAUUAUUUUAUUAAUAUGUAUAAGGAAGUAUAUUAAUAAGGAUGCUUUUGUAAACACAAAAAAAUGGGACUGUUAAAUUCUUCUACGUAACUUUUGCAAAUUAUGCAAGUACAAUAUUUUAGGCAAUUGUUGUGUAUGCAAGCAUGUGUUGAAAAAUUAAGUCUGAUUUUGUUUUUCUAAGUAACGUGCUAUACUUUAGAUAAAAGGGUAAUUCAUUUUUGUACUAGUCAAUGCAAGAGAUAGGACUAAAACCCCCAAAAAUAAGACAAUAUGGCGUGUUAAACAAGAAAAUAAACAUGAUUACGAAAAAAGACACGAGAGGGAUAUUAUUAAAUACAGAAAACUAUUGAUUUGUCGAUAAUUUUUAAAUGCAAAUUUUCGUUAAUAAUUUUGUAAAAAAAAAGCAUAAAAUUUUUAGUAUAAAUUUGGUUAUCAAAAUGGCUGUGACACAAACUGGGAAGUAUUAUCACCAUUUAUUCAUCAUAUUUUAAUUUUGUUUUUUUUUAGUUUUUGUUUUAUUAUAAAUAUUGUCAACCUUUAAAAACCUCGUUCAAUAAUU